AUGCCGGUGAUGAAGGGGCUGCUGGCGCCGCAGAACACCUUCCUGGACACCAUCGCCACCCGCUUCGAUGGCACACACAGCAACUUCAUCCUGGCAAACGCUCAGGGCCGCUGUGGCUUCCCCAUCGUGUACUGCUCCGAUGGCUUCUGCGACCUCACCGGCUUCGCGCGCACCGAGGUCAUGCAGAAGAACUGCAGCUGCCGCUUCCUCUGUGGGGCUGACACCAGUGAGCCCAUCCUGCAAAGCAUUGAAAAGGCCCUGGACAGCAGGCAGGAGUACCAGACUGAGGUCUGCUUCUACAAAAAAAGCGGAGCUGCCUUCUGGUGCCUGCUGGACAUCAUGCCCAUCAAGAAUGAAAAGGGGGAGGUGGUGCUCUUCCUCUUCUCCUUCAAGGACAUCACAGAGAGCCGAGGCAGGAGCUGCCCUGGUGACAGGAAGGAGGGUGAGCCUGAGAAGCAGAGGAGCAAGAAGCCUGGGAGCUCUCACCUGAGGGCUGCACGGAGGCAGGGCCGGACCAUGCUGCACCAGCUCAGCAGCCAGUUUGUCUGCAGGGACCGUGGAGAGAUGAAAAUCAACCGUAACGUGUUUGAGAACAAACCGUCCAUCCCCGAGUACAAGGUGGCCUCGGUGCAGAAAUCCCGCUUCAUCCUGCUCCACUAUAGCAUCUUCAAGGCUCUCUGGGACUGGCUGAUCCUGCUGGCCACCUUCUACGUGGCUAUCACUGUCCCCUACAACGUCUGCUUCACGGGCACAGAGGACAGCCUGUCGGCUGCCCGCAGCACCAUUGUCAGCGACAUCGCCGUGGAGAUGCUCUUCAUCCUGGAUAUCAUCCUGAACUUCCGGACAACAUACGUCAGCCAGUCGGGCCAGGUUGUGUACGACCCUCGCUCCAUCUGCAUCCACUACGUGGCCACCUGGUUCUUCGUGGAUCUGAUUGCUGCUCUGCCCUUCGAUUUGCUCUACAUCUUCAACGUGACCGUGACCUCGCUGGUUCACCUGCUGAAGACGGUGCGGCUGCUGCGGCUGCUGCGGCUGCUGCAGAAGCUGGACCGCUACUCGCAGUACAGCGCCAUGGUGCUGACCCUGCUCAUGUCCAUGUUUGCCCUGCUGGCCCACUGGAUGGCCUGCAUCUGGUACGUCAUCGGCCGCCAGGAGCUGGAGAGCAACGACCCCCGCACCUGGGACAUCGGCUGGCUGCACGAGCUGGGCAAGAGGCUGGAGGCUCCCUACAUCAACAAUUCGGUGGGGGGCCCCUCCAUCCGCAGUGCCUACAUCGCCUCCCUCUACUUCACCCUCAGCAGCCUGACCAGUGUGGGCUUUGGGAAUGUCUGUGCCAACACUGACACCGAGAAGAUCUUCUCCAUCUGCACCAUGCUCAUUGGGGCGCUGAUGCACGCCGUGGUGUUCGGCAAUGUCACGGCCAUCAUCCAGCGCAUGUACUCGCGCCGCUCGCUCUACCACACCCGCAUGAAGGACCUCAAGGACUUCAUCCGCGUCCACCACCUGCCCCAGCAGCUCAAGCAGAGGAUGCUGGAGUACUUCCAGACCACCUGGUCGGUGAACAACGGCAUUGAUGCUAAUGAGCUGCUCCACGACUUCCCCGACGAGCUGCGUGCGGACGUGGCCAUGCACCUCAACAAGGACAUCCUGCAGCUGCCCAUCUUCGAGACCGCCAGCCGGGGCUGCCUCCGCUCCCUCUCGCUGCACAUCAAAACCUCCUUCUGUGCCCCGGGGGAGUACCUGCUGCGCCAGGGUGACGCCUUGCAGGCCAACUACUUCGUCUGCUCCGGCUCCCUGGAGGUGCUGAAGGACAACGUGGUGCUGGCCAUCCUGGGCAAAGGGGAUUUGAUUGGAGCCGACCUGUGCAGAACGGACCAGGUGAUCAAGACCAACGCGGAUGUGAAGGCUCUGACCUACUGUGACCUCCAGCACAUCGGCCUGCGGGGGCUCUGUGAGGUGCUGCAGCUCUACCCCGAGUACGCCAGCAAGUUCACAGCUGACAUCCACCAGGACCUGACCUUCAACCUGCGGGAGGGCAGCGAGAUGGAGGGGCUCUGCCGCUAUUCCCGGUCCCCGAGGUUGCCGCAGGCGCCACAGCCCCUUCCCUCCAUCGUGGAGGAUGAGGAGGAGCCCGACGAGGUUUUCCAGCAGUCUCCUGCCGGCAGCUCCCGCCGCAAGCUGCUGCUGCCGGCUCUGAGCAGCUCGGUGCGGCGCGGCUCGCUGAGCAGCCUCCUGGGCGAUGAGCUGUGCCCGGUCUCAGCCCUGCGGCACAGCUGCCCCUCCCCGGCCCGCGGCACCCGCGGCGCCUCUCCGCAGUGCCGGAGGGACAGGGAGAGGGGCGCUGGCGUGGGCAGGAGGCCGGCCAAGCUGCUCAUCCCCUCCCUGCACUCGUUCGGCCCGCCCGACCUCAGCCCCAGGGUCGUGGAUGGGAUUGAAGACAACGGAGGCACUUCAGAGUCACAAACUUUCUGCUUCAGCACGGAGCCGAGUGCGGCAAGGGACUCCCCCAGCUCAGGGACUGACCCCGGCGGCCCAGCCCUGGCGAUGGAGGCAGAGCAGAUGAAGCAGAACAUCAGCAGGCUCAACCAGGAGAUCAACCACCUCAACCAGGAGGUUUCUCACCUCAGCCGGCAGCUGCAGAGCAUGAUGGAGCUGCUCAAGGCUCACCUGGGCACCCCGGCCUGUCCCUGCCGCCUGCCCGCCACCGUCCCGGUGCCCGCCUCGCCGCCGGUGCCCCCCAGCUCGCUCAGCUCGCCCACCGGCAGCCCCCGGGCCAAGCGCUGCCCGGUCCGCAGCCGCUCUGCCCACGCCGCCGCCGUGCACCCCGGGCUGGGCACCGAGGGGCCGCGCCCGCCGCGGGGGACGGCCCCGACCCCCGCCGGGGCUCGGACUCGCAGCCGCCGCCGCCGCUGCCGCCGCGCUCCGCCCGCUCCUUCCCCGGGUGCUCGGCCGGCGCUUGGUGUCGCGCCCGCCCGCAGCCGCGCUCCGGUUCCACCAGCUCGCACUGAGCCCGCGGGCACCGGCGGGAGCCUCCCCGGGACUCUCCGGUUGCUCCGGGUGACACUGCCGGGGUCCGUGCUACCGGGGAUCACCGGGGCUCUCCGCUCCGGGGGUUACCGGGGCUCUCCGCUCCGGGUGAGCCUGCCCGGGGUCCGUGAUCCCAGGGGUUACCGGGGCUCUCCGGUCUGGGUGAGCCUGCCCGGGGUCCGUGCUACCGGGGGUUACCGGGGCUCUCCGGUCUGGGUGAGCCUGCCCGGGGUCCGUGAUCCCAGGGGUUACCGGGGCUCUCCGCUCCGGGUGACACUGCCCGGGGUCCGUGAUCCCGGGGGUUACCGGGGCUCUCCGCUCCGGUGUCCGUCCGCCGCCGCCCCGCCCUGUCCGGGCCCCCCCACCGACUCCCCCACGGGGCCGGUCUCACCGGGACAUCACCGGGACUACAACUCCCAGCAGCCCUGGCGGGAGCGCAAUGACGUCACGCACAGCACAUCCAAAGGGCGGGGCGGGGGCAGGGUGGGAGCGGGUGAUUGA